AUGGGCCCCUGUACCGCCUCCUCAUGCUGCUGCCAGGCCCGUAAUCUGCCAUGGGCCCCCGUACCAACUCCUCAUGCUGCUGCCAGGCCCGUAAUCUGUCAUGGGCCCCUGUACCGCCUCCUCAUGCUGCUGCCAGGUCCAGAGUGUGUCAUGGGUCCCUGUACGGCCUCCCAUUGCUGCUGUCUCCAUCGCCACACUCUGCCAUGUGCCACUUUCAGGUCUCCUCACACUGCUGGUGGGUUCCAUUUUGUCAUAGGGUGCUGUAUGGCCUCCCAUUGCUGCUGCCUCCACCGCCACACUGUGGCUCCACACUCUGGUUUUGGCCCCGUGACUGCCCAAAUGAGUGAAGUGUGCGGUGAUUCUAAGAUCGACGGCACUCAUCUGCAUGUCAUACUGACUGACAGUAUUAUUUCUCUUCCCCAGCAGACUCCAAGGGCAUUUAAAUUAAAGGUACAGUGUUCUGCACUAAUAUAA